GGAAAGACCUCAUAUAUUCACUCCUACUAUCAAUCGCAACUGGGGACUUAUUUUUUUUGUCCCUGAAAACAUUGAAGAUUGUUCUUUAAACCUCCAAAAAGAUCUCGGGAUCAUCAGUACACUUAUGUUGAAUAACCGUCUAGGUUUCCUAGGGACGGGCAAGGGACGGGGGAGGAUGAUUGGGUUAUGUUACUUAUAUAAGUUACGUAUGAUGCAAGUAUGAUGGAUGGUACCAUUGCUUUUCUCUAUCGAAAACCAGGAAAAUACAGAGAUGGAUACUACACACGGAAGGCUAACUAUGGUUUUAAUGUUCAAGUACGAGUUCUGUAGGAGCGGCUUUAAAACGAGGGAAAGUAGGCCAAGACGCUCUCAUAAGAAAUUAU